GCACCCCAGCCCCCUGCACAGAAGCUCCCGAGGCAGGAGGCUCCGUUCCCUGCUGCGCUGAUGAAGGCGCUGAGCCGGGACCAUGGAGUGUCCCGCAGCCACCGUGGCACUCGCCCUCUCGGGGCUGGCGCUGACUUUCUGCUUUGAGCGGCUCUAUUCCGAAUGUUACACGGCAAAUGGGGCGGACUAUCGGGGCACUCAGAACCAAACCUCCUUGCAUGCGGGGAGACCUUGUCUCUUUUGGAAUGAGACUUUCCAGCAUCCUUACAAUACCCUGAAAUAUCCCAACGGAGAGGGCGGGCUUGGAGAGCACAACUACUGCAGGAACCCUGAUGGAGAUGUCAGCCCCUGGUGUUACAUUGCAGAGUGUGAAGAUGGAGUGUAUUGGAAAUACUGUGAGAUUCCGUCUUGCCGAAUGCCUGGGAAUCUUGGCUGUUACAAGGACUACGGAGAUCCACCUCUUACUGGCAUCAGUGAGACCUCAAACAAACUCACUAUCCAAACCUGCAUCAGCUUCUGCCGAAAUCAACAGUUCAAGUUGGCAGGCAUGGAGUCAGGCUAUGCCUGUUUCUGUGGGAAUAACCCUGACUAUUGGCGGUAUGGGGAGGCAGUCAGCACAGAAUGCAACAGUGUCUGUUUUGGCGACCAUACCCAACCCUGUGGUGGCGAUGGCAGGGUGAUCCUCUUUGACACCCUCAUUGGUGCCUGUGGAGGGAACUACACCUCCCCAACAUCUGUGAUCUAUUCCCCAGAUUUCCCUGACACCUAUGCCACAGGCAGGGUCUGCUACUGGACCAUACAAAUUCCAGGAGCAUCUCAGAUCCAGUUCGACUUCACUCUCUUUGACAUCAAGGACUCCACAGACAUGGUGGAGGUGCUGGAUGGCUACACCUAUCAUGUGCUGGCUCGUUUUGAUGGCAGGAACCGGCCUCCUAUCUCUUUUAAUGUCUCUUUGGAUUUUGUCAUUUUGUAUUUUUUCUCAGAUCAAAUCAAUCAGGCCCAGGGAUUUGCUGUCGUGUACAGAGCUACCAAAGAAAAGCUACAUCAGGACAUUACUACAGUCAAUCAGAAAUUUACUGAGGUGAUAACUGAACAAGCAAAUCUCCGUAUCAAUGCAGCCCAGUCUUCAAAGCUACUUUAUGUCAUCACAACCAGCCCGAGUCAUCCCCCUAGCAUCAUGCCUGAGUGGACAGUAUAUGGCCUCACAGCUCUCCUCAUCCUAACAGUCUCAGCCAUAUUGGCAAAGAUACUUCUGCAUUUCAUAAUGAAAUUUCAUCAGGCACCUUCUUCAGCUGACAUAGGGGAUUCUCACCAAGCAACUACUGCAGGAGAGAUCUGGAGUAUUUUUUACAAGCCAUCCACCUCCAUCUCCAUCUUCAAGAAAAAAUUUAAGAGCCAACAAGAGGAUUGCAACCUCCUUGUGGGAAACUAAAGUGCCAGUUACUCCAUGAGACACAAUAUUCUCCUGCAAUUCCAAGUGUAUUGGGGAUAAUCCUUUUCCUCAAUCAUCUCCUUGUUUUCCAAAGGAUCUGGACAGACCUUUUCUGGAGUUCCAUAGUGCACACCAGACAUGGGAAAACCAGCUGCUAUAACCAUUUUGAAGUAUCUGGAGCUUGUCAGCUCUCUCAUCCUUCUAAAUAUGAUCUUAAACCACUUCGCUUAAAAUAGAAACAGAAUCUCUAAAGCAGUAGGUGUCCCUCACACCACAGAACAAGAUGAAUGUGGGAACCUUGUGGAGAUCAGGGCUUUGGGUCUGCUUUGACUGCUAUAAUAGUUUAGGUCAUUUUAAGCACAAAUAUAAAUGACACCAUCUUUUCAGCUGCUGCAGCAGCAGCUGCUGAGUUGCCUGUGCUGUAGAUGUUUCUAGCUGGCAAUGUACAAAGGUGAGGGAGUCACAGACUUUGAAAAGGUAUCUGCCUAAUAGCCAAUGUUCUGUUAUUUUUGCAUGGCCUCUUUUCAGAAGUACAAAUAUAGAGAACGAAUCAGGUCUCAAAGGUAAAAUUAGGAGAAAAAUGCUCAACAAAGCCUGCACUACAAACAAAUUAAAUAGGUGGUGCUCAUUGGUUCAGAGUCGACAUGGGCUGUUUAGAGUUUAAAGUUUGUGUGUCUGAGCCACCAGUGCCUACUAAUUGUUUUCUAAUAGGUCACUUAUAGUAACAAGAGACAUGUCAUGACAAACCUAUACUAUUCUUAUGCCCUGCAUUGAGUCUGGAUGUGAACAUAGGGCUGCCCAACAAAGCUAUGACCUUUCAGUCAAACGGUUAAGUCAGUGAGCUUCAGAUGAUAAGGCUGACAAUCAAGAUUUCCUACAACAAAAGUUAAAGAUAUCACUGACAGCAACAAAAGGUAGAGAUGAAACAAUGGAUCUGUAAUAGUUGGUAAAUGACUGCAUGGCAUUAUCAGUAUCAAUUGACUAGAAGGUUGGAAGGAACAGCAACAUCCAGGGAUAUAAGUAUAGUCAAUCACACUGCCAAAAUCCACCAGUAAGGGGCAGCAGAGUGUGUAAGUGUGUUUCGGAAGUCCUGAACAUGAACUAUCUCGGCCUUUCCUGUAGGGGAGACAGUUGCCAAAAAUCUAAUGUGGUAGACACACAGAAAUAGUGAAUGCUAGUAUUAGCACAUCUUUGAUACGUACCGCACACACACACACGCUUAGAAAGCUGAGUGUGUGGGAGAGCCCUGUUAUCCCUGGGAUGUUCAUACACGUGUCUAGAACCUGAAUCCCAAGGUACAUGAUUGUGGGUGAGAGAUGUGUAACCAUGAGAUGCUCCCAGGCAGAGGUUUGGGGGGCCAAGGGUGUGGGGGCAUGUGUAUGUGUGAUUGAGACAGAGGUGACCAAAUAGAAAUGUAUGUGACAGAGAGACAAACCUGCUAUCCUCAAGAUGCCUGAAUAUAUGUGUGC